AUGAGGUCGACGGAGCUCCCGGUGUCUACCAUGAGCUUGGGUACUUCGUACUCUACGAUGUUCAAGGUGACGGGGCAUUGUCGUGAGGUGAAUCCUGACACAAUAACUCGUGUGGUUGUGGAUGAGGGCAAAAAAUUUAAGUAUCUGUUUUGGGCUUUGGGAGCUAGCAUAGAAGGAUUCCGCGCGAUGAGAAAAGUUCUCGUUGUGGAUGCAACACACCUGAAGACUGUUUAUGGUGGAGUGUUAUUUAUUGCAACUGCUCAAGAUCCCAAUCAUCACCACUACCCAAUUGCGUUUGGUGUUGCAGAUGGUGAGAAAUAUGAGAGUUGCCUAUGGUUUAUGGAACAAAACAAAGGGUUGAUCAAGGCAGUGCGUCUAGUGUUCCCUCAGGCGGCUCAUGAGUAUUGUAUAUGGCAUUUGUCUCAGAAUGUUAAAGGCUACGUCCGUAACAGCAAAGACACGUGUGCAUUUAAGUUUAUGGAGUGCGCACACGCUUAUACAGAGGCAGAGUUCUUGGCCCUUUAUGACACUUUUUGCAUGAGGUAUCCUAGUGCAGCGGAGUAUCUUAAAAAAAGUUGUGAACAAAAGAAAUGGGCAAGAUGUUACUUUGAAGGAGUUAGGUACAAUGUUGACACCACCAAUUCAGCAGAAUCUUUUAACGGUGUUAUUAAAGACGCAAGAAAGUUGACUUUACUUCCAAUGUUUGAUUUUAUCAUUGGAAAAAUAGCUGAAUGGUUUAACAAGCACAGGAAGGAGGCAGCUGAACAACCUCCCGCUUUAAAGCUUGUGCCUAUUGUGGAGGAAGAAAUGUCUAAAAGAUGUAUUGAUGCAGGGGUUCUUACGGUUGACGAGUUAAACAGCUUCCAUCUCGAGUACAGUGUGCAUGGUAGUGAUGGGAAGCGUUAUACUGUGGACAUGGCUAUGAAAACGUGCACUUGUGAGCAAUUUGAUAAAGACAAAUAUCCAUGUGUAAGAGCUUUCCCUGGUGGAGUCUGGCAAACGCUCUUCCUGGCCUGUGUUUUAGUCCUACCACGUGGUUUUAUAGGAGUAACCUCGAGUGGUGUAGGAGCUUUCUCAGGUGGUGUAAGAGUUUUUUCGGUUGGU